AUGAAAAUUUAUGCUUUCACCGGAUUAGGCCUAAUUCAAACCUUAUCAGAUCCGAUAUGGGAGAGGUGGUUGGAUCUGACCAGAUCUGAAUAUGGAACUGAUCAGACCAAACCGAGCCAGAUCAGAUCAGAUACGAACAUUCCUCACAUUCAGGUACGAUUUUACAGUAAAUUAAAUUCGUGGUCUAAAAGAAGCAAAGUAAAAUGGACUCCUGAAUUCGGAUACAACGGAGAGCCUCAGAAAGCAUUCGAUAUACCAUUCAGAACAGCUGGAACUGGAAGUUUGCACGCUUUGACCAUGCAUUUGGAAACAAACCCCGAAGAUUAUACUCAACAAUGUAAUUUAGGCAGUCGAGGGUACACGAUCCUCAUGAAUAGUCCAGCUCAAUUACCAUCAUCAUCAAAUAUCAAACUCGGCGUCGGUGGAAGUUCUUACCACUGGGUUACAGUUCUACCGAGGAAACUUCGAACAUCCACAGAUGUCGGAUUAUGGGCACCGGAAAAACGCGGUUGUUAUUAUUACAACGAGCGAGAAUUACUUUUUUUCCGACUCUAUACUCAAGUGAACUGUGAUAUAGAAUGCGAAAGUAAUUACUCAUUGAAAACAUGCGGUUGUGUAGCCUAUUAUCAUCCAAGAACAUUAUUCACACCUGUUUGCGGAUCCAACAAAAUGGAUUGCAUCGAAGACUCGUUGACGAGAUUUGCUGAAAUUUACACCGAAAAUCAAGGCGAAUGCGGUUGUUUACCUACUUGCACCCAAUUCGAUUACGAGAGCGAUGUUAUGUCGAUGGAUGUAGCUGCAAGAUUAAGAUCACAAAAAAAUAGGAAUAAGCAGUCGGCGAAGAAUAAAGGAAAAGAAAAUGGUACGACGGAAUAUUCCAUAGUUUCGUUCACGUAUCAGAAUCGAGAUACUUUGGGGUUCGUACGCGAUGGAAAAUAUGGAAUCACUGAUUUUCUGGGCAACUUGGGAGGUAUAGCUGGAUUAUUUUUAGGUUUCAGUUGGAUCAGUAUUUUAGAACUAACCUAUUUCGUUUUUUUACGACCACUGGCUAAUGCUCGAUUAAGAUAUUUAACUCGCGUUCAACAGCAGCAUUUGCAAUAA